AUGUCGACUUACAGCAUUGUAGAAAAAGGAACGUUGAAUACCAUGGACUACAGAAUAUAUUUCAGUGGUCCAAGUGGUGUCGUGUCUCCAUUUCAUGAUAUUCCAUUGCAUGCUGAUUCAUCCAAAACAGUAUUCAACAUGGUUGUAGAGAUUCCACGUUGGACUAAUCAUAAAAUGGAGAUUUGCAAAGAAGACAAAUUAAAUCCUAUUAAACAAGAUGUUAAAAAAGGAAAAGUUAGGUUUGUGAAGAAUCUUUUCCCUCAUCAUGGUUAUAUUUGGAACUAUGGCGCUUUUCCUCAGACAUGGGAAGAUCCUAACCACACUGAGCCAGAAACAAAUACAAAAGGAGAUUCUGAUCCACUUGAUGUUUGUGAAAUAGGAUCCAAGAUCCACAAAAGAGGAGCAGUUAUUCAAGUAAAAGUUGUGGGUAUCAUGUGCCUUAUUGAUGAAGGAGAAACUGACUGGAAGGUUCUUGCUAUUGAUGUAACAGAUCCUUUAGCCAAUGAAAUUAAUGAUGUUGAGGACAUUGAAAAGAAAAUGCCUGGAUUUUUAAAGGCCACAUAUGAAUGGUUUCGAUAUUACAAAGUGCCUGACGGAAAACCAGAGAAUCAAUUUGCCUUCAAUGGUGAAGCUAAAAACAAAGCAUAUGCUCUAAAAGUAGUUGAAGAGACUCACAAGCAAUGGCAGAAUCUGAUGAACAAGACUGUGGAUGCUGCUGGAAUCAGUUGUGAAAAUACUACAGUUGGUGGUAGUCCAUACAAGUUUGGAGUGGAAGAAGCAAAGACCAUUGUUGAAAAUGCACCUGCACCUGGUACAGCUGCAGAUUUGCCAAGUGAUGUUGACCAGUGGCAUUAUAUAAGCAAGUAA